CUACCCUAAAUUUAUUACUUAUAUAGAAGAUUAUGGGACGAAAUUUGCCGGCGCCUGUUCCUUGUCGAGUUUGCGGUGAUCGUUCUUAUGGAAAACAUUAUGGGGUUUUCUGCUGUGAUGGUUGUUCCUGUUUUUUCAAGAGAAGUAUUCGUCGAAAUUUGAUUUACACUUGUAUAACUGGGAAUAAUUCCUGUAUUAUCGACAAAGCACGUCGCAACUGGUGUCCAUAUUGUCGUCUGCAACGAUGUUUUGCAGUACGAAUGAAUACUGCUGCUGUUCAAGAAGAACGUGGACCUCGUAAACCAAAAUAUCACCGCCCAUUAGAUUUCCCUCCUUCACACGCACUUUCCACAUUUGCACAACCCUUCAAUAAUUCAAUAUUAUCUGAUCAUGAGUUAGCUGCACAAAUUCUAUUGGUUGCAAUUCGUCGUGCACGGCACAACCCUUUCUUUUCUGUCGUUGAUAAACCCACACAAGACACAAUCCUCUCUCACGUUUGGUCGCAAUUGUUUAUUUGUACCAAGGCGGAUUAUCGCAGAAUGCUAAAAGUUUUGUUGUGUUUGCCGCUGAUUUGUCAAGGGAAUGCUAAUGUUUUACAAAAAACAUUGUUUCAGCCGGUUAUUGGUGUUGUGCCAAUGGAACGGAUUGUUAUUACUAUUUAA